ACACACACACACGCACGCACGCACGCACGCACACACACACACACACACACAUAUAUAUAUUACACCUUGUAUCAACACCAUGGUGCGUCAGUCAGGCAAGAAGAGGAAAUCCUUUCCUACUCGUUCAAGCCCUGGAAAGGUGAAGAAGGCCAGAACCAGCACUCCACUCCCUGACUCUGAUGGUGAAGCUGCUGCUGCUGCUGUUGUGGACCAGACUCAAGACCAUCAAGCCCCUCAAAGCCAUGCUGCUGAAGGCCCUGAUGCAAAAGCCCCUGCAGGCCCCGAACAAGCUCCUGAAGGCCCUGGUGCUCAAGCCCAUGGAAGCCCUGCUGAAUUCCCUGAAGGCCCUGAACAAGCUCCAACCAGAGGGAGGAAUAGGCAAGGGACUAAGAAGAGAGAGAGGAAACAGUACGCCGUUUCCGAGGAGCAUGAGGACAAUGUGCUGGAAUGGCUGAGGGAGAACGAGUAUCUCUGGAGAAAGGGCCACAGACUGUAUCGGGACUCAAAGAAGAAACAGGCAGCUUGGGGAGACAAGGCAGAGAGCCUGGGGUACACUACAGAAGUACUCCUUGGAUGGUGGAAGCACAUGCACUCCUGGUAUGGAAAGCUACAUCUCAAGAAAUCUGGGCAGGCCGCCGUCAAGCUCACUGACCGGGAGAAGUACGUUAUAGCCAAGUGCACUUUCCUGGAUGGUGAAAUCCGCCACCGAGGAGCAGCCCCGUUGAAACCCCUCUUCCUCAGCCAACCUACAGACAGCCAGGCAUCUUCAAGCCAGAAACAACCUACCCUAUCCAGACAGGUGUCUUCAGAGAGCCCCACAGCAGACACCCCCUCAACAGCUGCAACCCCCGUGGUGCCGAAUUUAAAGGAUCCCGUCGAGAAUGACACCCUGUUCUACAAAUUGGAGGAACAAGCGGUAGCCGCCAGAGGCCAACCAAUCCCUACCUCCAGCACCAGCUUUAGAAGCUGUAGGCAGAGAUGCAGACUGGAGAGCCAGGACGACAGUGUACUGUUGGAGAUAAGGGAUACAAUGAAGACCAGCACAGAACUUCUCUCUCAACUGGUCGACUCGGACAGGGCAUCCUCUGUUCGGAAGCCCUUCAUUAUCUACGUGAGCCAGACCCUGAGGGACCUGCCCGAGGCCGAGUACCAGGUGAUGAAGCAGAAGAUUACAGCACUUCUCCACAACCCUCAAGGCCCAGCUGAAGCUCGUCUCACCCAGUGCAGGUCUGCUCCUCCACCCCAGGCGACGACGCAGCCCUUCCAUGGUUUUCAAAAGCCCCUCUCCUACCAAGGCUACGGCUACCAGGACUUCUCACAGCAGAAGCAGAAUUUCCCAGUCCAGACCCAGGUUUAUCGGACGCCACAGAUGAUGUUGAAGACUAAGACCAAGAGUGAUAAGAUGUAGCGGAUGUGAGUUGCGAGGAUGUCCAGAGGAUGCAGAGAGGAUACAGCGGACGUUUAACAGAUGAUAACGGACAUAGAACAGUUGUGGCUCGUAUAUGUUGCGGAUAUACAUCGCACAAGGCGGAAAGUUCAUCCGUUCUAAAAGUUUUGUGCAGCUCAAAAUUUUUUAAGCGGAUGAAAUCACGAUGGACGGAUGUUCGAUAGUAGAGCGUAUGAAAGACGUAUGCAAUAAAUGUACAACGGAUGCAUAGUGUUUUCCAACGGAUGGCAAGAGUUGUUUACAUUUUACAUCCUCUUUGCAUCCGUAAGUGCAGUGAGACCGGGCCUUAACAAUAGGUGACAAGGUGGACGGAUGUACUAAUAACUUUUAUGAUAGACAAUACGACAGCUUUACAAAAAUGUAUUUUAAACUGUAUAGAUAUUAUAACAUAGUAACUGUAUGCCUAUAGCAAUUUCUUCCAUUAUUUCAGGAACACUAUUAUAUUUUUUCAAUAGUAAGACAGAUGUUUAUAUGUUUUUCCGUACAUUUUCAGUUCCGUAGAUAAUGGAAUAUGUUUCCGAUAUUUCCGAUACACAUAUCGACACGUGACAUAUGAUUUCUUGUUUCGCAUUGCUCUGUCAUGUCCCUGUCUCCAUAUGAAUUUUCUACUAUCGGGAAGGUUUGAUGGGGUUGAAUACGUAUUGAGUACAGUGUAAGCUGUUACUGAUUCAUGGUGGGUGUGUACGUUAGCCAAUAAUACUGAAAUUGAUGUGAUUAAUGUUCCAGAUUUUACAAUUUGACUUCAAAUAUUUCCCGACAUUACGAAGCAGAAAAAAACAACUGAACCGGUGGAGACAAAGAAUUCAGGUCAAACAAGAAUGGAAAGGAUGUAAUGUUAACAUUACCUGAACUAAAUGAAAAAAAACAAGGGCGUGAGGGUCAUAUUACCUGAAAAAAUAAGGAUGUGAGGUAAUAUUACCUGAACUGAAUGAACCAUUGUUUCAGUUCAAGUCAGAAAUAACAACCGCAAACUAAUAUACAUCGCGGUGAGCAUUCAAACUACUUUCAGAUUAAUGGAUAAUUUGCAAACUCUCUGGAUGAUCGUGAAUUUACUGGGCUUCGUUGAAUUUUAGAUGAUAAGAUGAAGUUUAUGUGUUGAGUCACCCUCUAAAAAUGAACCAACUGCACCGAUUUACUGCCUUACAAAUGACUGUCCAAAAAAAGUAUACAUAUAAUUUCAUCCGUUUGACUGGGGAAUAAGGAUGGAAUGAAUUUCUCCGUGUUAUGUUUUUCCAAUAGGUGGCGUGUUGUGUAUUAGCACGUGCGGGUCGUGCUUUUUUUUCGUUUGCUAUUAAGUGA